GGCGAAUGCCUUGGAGAUGCUCAACAAGUGGUUGUCGUCGCCGAAGAAAGGCACCAAAGCAGCAGCUCCCCUUGCCAUCGCGGACGGUGAUGUAAACGAAAUGUUGGAGACAGAGGAGGCAAAGUCGCAGAACUCGCCCGCGGAGGACCUCGACUUGGAGGCCAAAGACCCGGAGGACAAGGAGGCAGAGAACGCCCAGGACGUACAGGCAGAGGACGUGGUGGAAACCAAGGGACAGGAUGUCGGCUCGGAUUCGGAUUCCUCAUAUUCGAGCUCUUCAUCAUCUUCCUGGGUAUUGCCAACGGAUUGGGGCGCAUGGACCUCGGAAUGGCACGACGUCCGGCAAGAGGGGCUCCAUCUCCUCGAGCGGUCGGCAGGGGAGAGCCAGGAGGGGUCCGUUGAAGGCUUUACCACGGGGCGAAGCCAAGCUGCAGUGGGACCAGGCCAACGGCCAACUGUUCAGUGA